UUCCGCCUGUGUUCAGAGCGCAUGCGCACAGAAGAGCAGAGCUGUUGUGACUCAAACAUUUUGACACUUUCGUUCGUGAUGGCGCAUUACAGAGCAUCCGAGUCGAAGCGAGAGCAGUUUAGGAGAUAUCUGGAGAAGGCCGGAGUCCUGGAUAGCCUCACCAAUGUCUUGGUGGCUUUAUACGAGGAAACAGAGAAACCCAACAAUGCCCUGGAUUUUAUAAAGCAUCACUUGGGUGUUGCUGGUCCUGAGUCAGACGAUGCCGAAAGCUUGCGUCUGGAGCUAAAUGAUUUGCAGCAGAAAUGUCAACAGCUCGUGGAGGAGAACAAAGAGCUGAAAACAAGGCUUAUGCAGUAUGAGCCUGCGCAAGAAGAUGGGACAGAAUAAACAUCUUGAGUUUUGACAUUUAACUGAUAUUUGAUCACAUUAGUUAAAAUCUUUUGUUUGUUACCUUAUGUUUUGUAAUAACACAUCUAAAAAGCAAAGAUUUAAGUUUAUAUGUGCCUGAUAUUUAAUAAAAAAAAAUGUGAU